GCGAAAGAUAAAAAAUAAGGAAAAAAAAAUAGGAAAAAAAAUUAGGAAAAAAAAUUAGGAAAAAAGAUUAGAAAAAAAAAUUAUAAAAAAAAAUUAAAAAAAAAAAAAGUAAUUCACCAACUUAUUACAUAUUACAUCACUGCUAAUUAGCACAAAAAAAAAGGGUUAUCCAUACAGCUUACCCUGAAAAAAUAUAUUUUCCCGUUCCCCUAAUGGUUUAUCAACCUCUAACGUAUCGAACAUGAAAGAAAAAACUAAUAAUUCGCUUAUCCUUUCCACGAAGGUUUUUACCUUCUUCCUCGUAGUGUGCGUAUGGAAGUAUCCCUUCGAGUCCUGCGCCUUUGGAAACUCAUUCAACACGGGGAGCAACGUUAAUGGCGCCCUGGGUGAACAUAGAGGCAGACUUUUAAAGGGAGGCUUAGCCGUAGAGAGAUACGCACGAGAAAGGCUAGUUGACAUACUCCACGAUGAUGAAGAAACGAUUAAAGAUCGAUUAGGAGAGUUGAUACAAGAGGAGAAACGCAAGAAGAACGUCGAAUCUAUAUUACGCAAUGGAAAGUUACGUGAUGAGAUGACGCUAAAUGGUAAAUAUGGAAAAGGAUCAAGUGCAUCGAGACGCCAUAGCAAAUCUAAGAAGAAAUCCAAUACGGUACGCUUUAUGGACGAAUCUUCCGACACACUAAGCCUAUCAAGCGGAUCUGACGGUUCCAUAGAUUUGCUAAGUUUAUCAAGCGGUACUGAUGGCUCAACAGACUCCCUAAGUUUUACAAGCGAAACUGACAGUUCCACAGGAUCGAUAAAUGGAGCAUUGGACAAUGAAGGUUCUUCUGAGACUCUAAGCGUACGAAGUGAUGAUGAUGCUUCUACAAAUUCGCUGAACUUACAAAGCGAUGAUGAUGCUUCUACAAAUUCGCUGAACUUACAAAGCGAUGAUGAUGCUUCUACAAAUUCUCUAAACCUCAAGAGCAUCAAGGAUGGCUCCACAAACUCUUUGGAUUCUCUCCAACUCGAUGACUAUCUGGAAAAAGAAUUUGAAGAUGACCUAAGCGACAAAGAAACCAGGGAAUCAAUAACCCUUGAUGAUAAAUACUACGAACAAGACACCAUUGCAGAAAAGAAUGAAAAAUUAAUUAAGUCUAGACUGAAGGCUUUAAAAACUGGUGAUUAUGAUAAUUUAGGCAAAGAAAAUUUAGACCGCAGAUUUGUUAAAGACUUAGAAGCCUUUGCCAUGGGAAAGAAAAUGAAAAGAGGAUCAUCCGCAGGUGGUUUUCUAAAGAAAUUGGACUCCAAAUUCGAAUUGGAACUUCUACGUUUCUUCAAAAACAAGGGCCUUAGAGCCAAUAGUUCCUUCUCCGGCCGCGGAAUCACCGGCAAGCUUUUAAAAAUAAUGGACAAGUACAGAGUGUUCGCUCCGUUAGCAGGCACGGGUGUACUCUACGUAUUAGCGAUGGUGUACGUGCUUUAUUUUAUGGCCACACCAGUCAUGAUGUCUUUGCCUACACUCGGAAUAAUUAUCACCGGUGUUUUCAUUUACGUCUUCAUCGCGAUGGGCGUUUACUACGGAUCCAAAAUCGCCAAGCUGUCACACAUGAAAAACGUGAUAAGAAUGUUCAGCGUUGUAGACAAAAAGUCAAGACAUGGCGGUCGCAGAGAAAGCUCCAGACAUGGCAGCCGCAGGGAAAGCUCCAGACAUGGCAGCCGUAGGGAAAGCUCCAGACAUAGCAGCCGCAGGGAAAGAUCAAGAUAUUAA